CACUUCUGGCCCCGCCCCUCUCUCCAGAGUCGGAACUGUGCCGUUCUGGCAGCUCUCUCGCUCGCUCGCAGCAAGUUGCGCGCUGCAUCUCGAGAGGAAAGAUUCACCCUCCCUUCCUCCACCCCGCUGUUACGUUGCGCUCGCGGACGAGGCUUGGCGAAAGAGGAAGCGGUGUCGGAGGAGAAGGAGGAGAGGCGGGGGGGGCGCUGGCGUGACAAGAUGUUGGCGGAAGAAGCGCGGGGGGCUCCCGACGGUGGCUGAGGAGGCUGUACAGCCCGGCCUCUCAGCCCCCGCUGCUGUUGCUCUUGUUUCUCAAGUCUCGGAUAAACCCCAGCUAAUGACAGCGAGCGCCUGGCAGGGCGGCCCAGGCGACAGCGAGCCUGGCUGAGGGGAAUAACAGCAGACCGCACGCCGCCGCUAAAGUUUGCUGCUCGCGGGCGGGCGGCGAGAAGACCCUUGUGGCGGAGGAAGAAUAAAAAGUUUUUUCCCCGCUUUCUAUUUUUCUUCCUUUUUUUGGUGGCACGGCUGACUGGGAACUUGGACGCGGGAGAACUCAGCUGGGCGGGUUGCUGUGGGCCGCCCUCUUCAUUCAUCCCUAAUUUGUGGUUUCCACCCCCCUUACUUGGAAAAUAUUGGAUUAAGAGUCUCCCUCCUUUAUUUGGACCUCCCAUUUUCCUUGGGGUCUUCAAGUGCGUUUCCCCCUUUCUCAGGGUGGACGGAUUAACCCCUCCUUCCUCGGAGUGUUGGAUAAAUACCCCUUCCCCAUUCGGAAGCCCCCGCAUUCUUGAAGGUGUUUGGAUUCUUGCCCAUUUCUCGGAUUUGGAAGCGCCCCUCCUUCCUUGAGGCAUUGGAUUAUAAGUGUCUUCCUCCUUUCUGGUUGGGGGGGGGUCUUAGAUGAGGAGUGCGCCCGCUGGCCGUCGCUUGUUCUGCCUUUCCUCCCCGGCGUGAUUAUAUGCUUCAAGAGAGAGGCGACUCCCUCCUCCUUGCCCAGCCAUGUCUGCGACAGCUAUCUCCGCCGCGGAGAAAGUGGAUGGAUUCACGCGGAGGUCGGUACGCAAGGCUCAGAAGCAGAAGCGAUCGCAGGGCUCCUCGCAGUUCCGUACCCAAAGCAGCCCCGUGGAGCUUUUCCCGUUGCCCCAUCUCAAAGAUGCCACCUCAAAUGAACAGCAAGACCUCUUCUGUCAGAAGUUAAAGCAGUGUUGUGUAUUGUUUGAUUUUAUGGACUCAGUCUCUGACUUGAGGAGCAAAGAAAUUAAAAGAGCAACAUUGAAUGAAUUGGUGGAAUAUGUUUCAACAAAUCGUGGUGUGAUUGUUGAAUCAGCAUAUUCUGACAUAGUGAAAAUGAUUGGUUCUAAUAUCUUCAGAACACUUCCACCAAGUGAAAAUCCAGAUUUUGAUCCAGAAGAAGAUGAGCCUACAUUAGAAGCCUCAUGGCCCCAUAUACAGCUGGUAUAUGAAUUUUUACUAAGGUUUUUAGAAAGUCCUGAUUUCCAGCCUAGCAUUGCGAAACGUCAUAUUGACCAGAAAUUUGUACAGCAGCUGCUGGAGCUUUUUGAUAGCGAAGAUCCACGAGAGCGCGACUUCCUAAAAACAGUGCUUCAUCGAAUUUAUGGCAAAUUCCUUGGAUUAAGAGCAUUCAUCAGAAAACAAAUCAACAAUAUUUUUCUCAGGUUUAUAUAUGAAACAGAACAUUUUAAUGGUGUUGCUGAGCUACUUGAGAUACUAGGAAGCAUUAUCAAUGGUUUUGCAUUGCCACUGAAAGCAGAACAUAAACAGUUCCUUAUGAAGGUUCUUAUUCCUAUGCAUACUGCAAAGGGAUUAGCUUUAUUUCAUGCACAGCUGGCCUAUUGUGUUGUUCAGUUCCUGGAAAAAGAUAUGGCAUUAACAGAGCCGGUUAUCAGAGGAUUGCUCAAAUUUUGGCCAAAAACAUGCAGCCAGAAAGAGGUCAUGUUUUUAGGUGAAAUUGAAGAAAUCCUGGAUGUAAUAGAACCAACACAGUUCAAAAAAGUACAAGAACCUCUUUUUAAGCAGAUAGCCAAGUGUGUGUCAAGUUCACAUUUUCAGGUUGCUGAAAGGGCUUUGUACUUCUGGAACAAUGAAUACAUUCUUGGUCUGAUUGAGGAGAACAUUGAUAAAAUUCUGCCAAUUAUGUUUGGUAGUUUAUACAAGAUCUCCAAAGAACACUGGAAUCCGACCAUUGUGGCAUUAGUAUAUAAUGUGCUGAAAACACUGAUGGAGAUGAAUGGAAAACUAUUUGAUGAACUCACAAGCUCUUAUAAAGCAGAAAGACAAAGAGAGAAAAAGAAAGAGCUAGAACGUGAAGAACUAUGGAAAAAGCUGGAAGAACUAAAGAUAAAGAACGCUCUGUCUGACCAGCCAAGCAAAGCAUCCUCCAUGACAAAUGCACAAAAUAAUCAAGUGCCAAAUGAGAAUGACAGCCUCUCUUUGUGAGGCGUACCUUUUAUACACAAUUUUUUUUAAAUAUGUAAAAACACAAAAGAGAAACCUCAUCAGUAUAUUUGAAAUGGCCAUUUUUUUCCUCUGGCAAAAUGUAGAAUGAAAAUUUUUGAACUUAAAUACAGUAAUUGAAUGUGACAUUAUUUACCACAACAUAUUGUAAAUUUGUCUCUAAUCAUUGCUAUAUUGUCACUUCCGAUGUUUUAUAGAAACAAAUUUUAUCAUCCAUGAUGUGUGUGAUUUAAUUAUGGGUGUGGUGAAAAUUAUGACUUGAAUUUUUCUUUUUUUGAUUGUGUUGCACAUAGACAUAGAAAUCAACUAUUUACAUUUCCCCCCAAUGUCCUUUCACAUUACUGCAGGCUUUGGCUGAGAUUCUGGAAGAGACUUCUAGGUUUGCUGUAUUUUCUCAAAUGACAUUAGGGCUGUAAUCUUAUUCUUACGUGUGGAAGUAAGCCCUGUUGAAUUUAGUGGGGCUUGCUUCUGAGUAAACACGUAUAGGAUUGGAUAGCAAUCUAUAUCUGGAUGAGAUACCUGCCCAUUACAGAUUUCAGAGCUAUUCCGACAUAAAACAUCAUUGGCUUCCACUGAACAAUUGGCAUGAACUUAGCUUUCAUGUCUCUCUUUACUUGAGGAUUCAGUCACUAUUCUGGUCCCUGUAACUGAGGAUGGAGUUUAUCACUGAAGCUCCUAACUUAGCUUAAGCAUUGUUGUAGAGAGCUUAGCAGUUUUCACUUUCAAGUUGACUCUGAAAGAUGGUCCAGGCUCUUAUUAAAAGGAGUAGGUUGUGCAAUUCCUAUCCAGGUAUAGAAACAUCUAUGUGACAAAAGAAUUCCUUGUUUUUGUUUUAAGAAAAAUACAGUGUGCUUAUUUAAGAUGGAAAGCUGACUCUAGAAGUCUUGUCUGUUUUUUACUUGAUCAGGUGUGAUUUUUUUUUUGCAGGUCUUUCUAUCAAGAGUACCAUUCCAGUCUCUUAAAUUGCAUUUGUGUGGAAAAUGGUUUUGUAUUGAAAGAUUGAGGGAUUGAGCAGCAUUCAAUAAAAGUCUUUAUGUUUG